ACAGAUCAACAAGAUCAUACAUAAUUUGUUGGUCAGAAAGUAAAGGCUAAGAGAAAUACAGAAUCUCUUUGGCCGGAUUUUAGGCGCUGCCAACGUUACUGCUAGAGUAAACCACGAUUUUGAGUUCAGUAUUUUUAGCUUCGAACCAGUGUAUCAGCACAGAACAUAAAUAGGUGAUGUAAUGAACAAACCUCUUCACGCGGGAAAGAAAUGACCGGUUAGUUGAAAGUUCAUUGUGUGCAUAAUGGAAGUAUAAUUUCAAAUGACAAAGGUGAUUGAAUUUAUGUACACUUCUGUUUGAUCUGCCAUAUUGGAGAAGUGUGGAAUAUUUUACAGCGCUGCUGUGAGUAUUAAUUAAGUACUCGUCUAGGCGAGCCUGUGCAUCGUCAGUUUCUGAAAAUUCUGAAUGGAGUCCUCAGUUGUAGAAAGUGUGCCAGGUUAUGUGAAUAUCACUCCUCCAAAAUCUGCAAGAAAGAGGAUUUUAUUCUCAAGAAGCCCUGAAGAUGAAGGCAGUGACGGUACUUUGGGACACAUGUCGCCUCUGAGCUUAUCGUCUCCAGAUCGGUAUAGUUCACCACCACCUUCCCCACAAUGGCUUUUAGAAACUCCACCAAAGAAGUGUGAUCAACAUUGGCCCCGGCAAUCGCCUUUUGGACCAGUCAAAAAAAGGACAGAAACUAGCAAAUCUCCAAGGCUUUUCAGUUGUGACUUCAGCUCAUCUUCAUUGCAGAAAUUUCCACCAGAUAAAAUACGAGUUGACAAUCAUGGUCAAGACGAAAUAAAAGGUGUAGUUACUGACAUGGAGCUAGUAGAAGAAAGCCCUGCAAAGGGUCCCUCGAAAAUGGUUCUUGUGACACCUUUCAAAUGUCUUGCAGGUAAAGAAAAAGAAAUUGAAGAAACUCCAAAACUAAAACCACAAAAAAUGGUAAUCAGAGAAAGUCCUGACAUUUUUCCAGUUGCACCAGUAAAAGUGCUUCAGAAAGCCAAAUCAGAUAAUGAUUCAAGCACAGUACUGAAACCUUUAAAUGCCUCCACAGGUGUUGGUAAAUUGAGCUCAUUGCCAACUUCUUCCUUUUACCAUACUUCUCGUGCUAGGGCAGCACUGUUUCCUGAACAUUUCUCCAAGUCCAGAAAUACCGUAGCUUCAGUUAUCCAUAGCAAGAACCUUAAGCGAUCACUAAAUGCUGAAUCUCAUUUGCAUAUGCGUUUCUCUCUGUCCAGUUCAAAAUCUCAAGGAACAAAACGCCGUAAACUUGGUGAAAUCAAUGCUGGUGUACAUCACAGGAUUAAGAAACAUACAAAAAAGAAGUUCACAUACAAACAUCCAGUUGACACUGCACAGCCCAAGAUUACACCAGAAGACAGAAUACAUUCAUAUGUAGACAAGUUUGAGACCUCUAGUACAGACACAAAGAACCUUGUUGGUACAGAUGCUCAUUCACCUUCCACUCAUUGUAUACAAACAUAUUCUAUUGGCAGCAAUCUGAAGAGGUCAAGUAUCUCUUUGACUUCAGAUACAAUGGAACCAACACCUCCGUCAAGUCCUCCACCAGAUCCAGCAAAAAAGUUCUUCAAAACUCAACGCACUUUGAAGAUCAACACAAGUGCCACAGUCACUCUUGAAAAAAAUAUCAAGUUAAAGGUCAGCAAUGGAAAAUUCUCCCUCUGCAAGCCUGUAACAAAGUCAAAAUCCUGCAGAAUGCCUAAAGCGGAUAUAUCAAAGUAUUGCCUGAACAAAAACAAUGGCAUAUUUACUGAGAAGAGCACUACUGAGAUAGUGCAAGAAACCGUCCAUGACAAUGUUGAAAUUCUGCUGAAAAACUUGGAAGAAAGUCCGAAGAAGGAUAAUUUACCAGCUGUGGGAGACUUGCAGAGCCCUAACCAUCACAUUUAUGCAAUUACUACAUCAACAUUGUCAUUGGCAAUAGAUGAUGGCCUACCACAUCAGCCUUUACUGCAGACAGCUCAGACAUUAUCUAAUCCCUCGAGUGGGAGUACUUUUGUAGCUAGCACAGCAAAAAUUGACUCUGAAAACAUGCAAAAAAGUCAGGAGGAAUUUUUGUUUGCAGGAGAAAAUUUCACGGAACAUAAUGCAGAGAAAGAGAAUGGCAAUAAAUAUUACCCUGUUUUCUACAAGACUUCAGCCAAUAAACUUGCAGAUCUAACCAAUGUGAAGAGCCUGCGUGGAAACAAACAGUCAUGGAGGUCAAUUGGAGAUUAUCAAUACAUCAUUGAUGCAGGGCAGAAGAAGUUUGGUGCAACACAGUGCAAAGAAUGUGGCAUUGUGUACCAAAUUGGAGAUCCAGAUGAUGAGGUGUUUCAUCAAAAAUACCAUAACAAUGGCCAUGACUUGAAAUACACAUCUUGGAAACAUGAACGAGUGGUUGCCUACUAUGGAUCAGAACGAGUGAUUCUCAUUAAACCCAGUGAUCCAAAGUCUUGGUUGAAUAAAGUCCAGAAUGUAUUGGCUAUAGUAGAUAAGGAGCUUGGAUAUGCAGACUCAGCACUUGAAGGCCUCAGCAAUAGCCAGGUCUACCUUUAUGUGAUGGACAAGCAAGUUACUGGCUGUGUAGUGGCACAUCAAAUCAGCUUUGCUUUCAAGAUGUUAAACAGUGUGAUUGAAGGUUGUGAUUGUUGUUCAGAAGAAUCAUAUCCAGCCAAAUGUGGCAUCAGUCGAGUAUGGGUAGCUAAGAAUCACAGAAGGAAGAAAAUUGCCUCAAGAAUUAUGGAUUGUUUGAGAUCCAGUUUCAUACAUGGAUAUAUGUUAGGAAUGGAUGAAUUUGCAUUCUCUGCACCAACCAUUGAUGGAAAAGCUUUUGCUGAAAAGUACACAGGCACUAUGAAUUAUUUAGUUUAUAGCUAAACUUAUUUGAAGCCAAAAUUAACCUUCUAACAGCUGGCAUUUACUUCAUACUUAUGGGAAUACUUUGCCCUACAUGGCAGUUAGAUAUUAAAGUAAACUGAAAUUGUGCACUUCUGAAAAACAACUCAUACCUUUUGCAUGUAAUCUAUUUAACUCUUUAUUCCUUUAAUUUUUUUUUAUUUUGUUGGAACAAAAAUGAAGGUGAAAGAAUAUGGCUUACUUUAUGAUUUUGGUGGGAAUACAUUUUUACACUUUCCUACUGUACCACUUUACUGGAUAUUCUUUUCAAAAUAUUAGAAUAAAACCCAAUUUCAUGUUACUUGAUUUGAUGCCUAUUUGGUUGCAUUCACAGAGGCUUGAAAGUUCUCAGUACUGAUGCUAAGUGGUAAAAUGUAUUUUACAAGUGCUGCUACAGUUAGACAGCUUUCAUAAGAACUUCAGGAUACAGGAUCCAUGGAACAUUUCAUUAGCCAGCAUAAAACCAUUUUCCAAGGAAUACUGUUGGUCACUAGUAUUACGAAUAUUUGUAUUUAAAAAUCACUUGACAUAUUUAAUUUCUUAAUCUGGUGAGUUCUUAUGAGUUUUAGGAAUGUCAGGCAGUGCUUACUCAACUUAAUAAUAUUUUGAAUUAUGUAAUAGAUUCUGUGAAUGCAUAGAUUGAAAAAAUAAUUUUGUUUUAUUUCUUUUAUUCAUUUGUAUGAUUUUGUAUGUGUGGUUUUGAACAUGGAUGGUUUAAUAACUUUUGCUUCUGAUAUUUUUCAACACUGCACUACAGCAUAUAAAACUCAGCAUUGCAUGCACCUUUGCCUUUAAGAAGCAGUGUUCAUUUAGUUAUUGUUCUAAUACUGACAAACCUUUGUACCUUUUGUGUAAUUAAAAUUACAACUAAAUAAUGUACAAAUCUCUCAAUAAAAUAACAUCAAAUAAA